AUGAUGCUCCUCAAAGUACUGGCGACGUCGCUGCUUCUCGCAGCAGAUGUCGUCGUCUUUGCUCGGCCGACUCCAAGCCCUCUCGAUAUCUUCCGGAGGGCCCCGAACCCGGGAGUCGUCUACACCCAGUGUGCAAGGCCAGGCACUCUUGCUCUGGCUUUUGACGACGGUCCUUACACUUAUACCCAGAAGCUUGUUGACACCCUGAAUGCGGCCGGCGGCAAGGCAACCUUUUUCUUCACCGGCACUCUCUACGGCUGCAUAUAUAACCAAGCUUCGGCGGUGAGGAAUGCCUACAACAGUGGUCAUCAGAUAUCCUCACACACGUGGUCCCACGCAAACCUCGGCAACCUGCAGCCCAGCGCCAUCACGCAAGAGAUGCAAAAGCUGGAGCAGGCCUUUGUCAACAUCUUCGGCCGCAAGCCAGCAUACAUGCGCCCCCCGUACCUGUCCACGGGCGGCCAGACACUCAACACGAUGCGCACGCUCGGCUACAAGGUCAUCACUAACGACAUUGACAGCGGCGACUGGAACCGCGAAACUCCGCAGCAGAGCCAGGCCAAGUUUCAGAGCGCGGGUGCGGGCGGCAACGGCCACAUUCCGCUCAUGCACGAGACUUAUGAGAGCACCGUCAACGUCCUCGUGCCCUGGCUCAUCAACUGGGCGAGGCAGAACAACCUCAAGCUCGUCACCGUCGCCGAUUGCCUGGGUGAUGCGGGAGGCGCGUACCAGUCGGGGACUUUCCCGGGCAAUGGGCAGAAUACAUGCUAA